AGAGCUUGAUGGCCGUGAGGAAAGCGAGAGGCAGUGGGGAAGUGCAUCUGGUGGUACCGCAUCCUCUCCCGUCGCCCCGGACCCCAACCGGUGAUAACCCAGCUGAUAGCUGCUGGAUAUCGGAGCAGAAGACACGCUGUCUGCACCACGUCAGUAGACCGGUUCGGCACGGUCCCCUUUUAGUUCCUCCCCGCCAAAAACUCUCCAGAAACUUCGGGUGUUUUUAGAGGAGAAAAGCGGAUAAAAAAAUGAACGCGAGUGAGCUAAAUGCCCCGCUAGCGGAGUAUGAUUUUGAGCGGAUUUUUGACGAAAGACGAGCCUUGGAAUGGAUGCAGGAAAACUGUUCUGUCAUUGAACUGGUUUCAGACCCCAACACAUUGCCUGCACUCUUCCAGCACCGGUGGCGUCCCGCAGUGGUUGCCAUGACUGCGACUCACCUGAAGAUGGCCAGGCUGAGAGACCACAGCACCAACGGGCGUCGCAGGUUCAGCUUCGGCCGUUCCCUCAUGAAGUGCUGCCCGCCGAAUACGAGCACGGCGUACAGGCCACAGAACAUGAACGCCUUGCUCCUGUGGACGGGAAACAGCGCCGUUAUUGACAGGACAGCUGGAGAAAUGAAAGUAGGGGUUUUAACUGUUUAUCAAUGUGUGUUGCAUGCUCUGGGUUCACUCUGCAGUAUCAUAGGAGCCCUGAGGACUGGACUGUACAUGCUGCACGUCCUCACAGCCAACGGCUUCAGGCAGUCGGUGUGUGACACCAGCUUCUACAGCGCCCCCGUCAGCAAAUUCUGGGCCUACGCCUUUGUUCUUAGCAAGGCCCCCGAGCUGGGUGACACCGUGUUCAUCAUCCUCCGGAAGCAGCGCCUCAUCUUCCUGCACUGGUACCACCACAUCACCGUGCUGCUCUACUCCUGGUACUCCUACAAGGACCAGGUGGCGGGCGGCGGUUGGUUUAUGACCAUGAACUACGUGGUCCACUCUCUCAUGUACACCUACUACGCGGCGCGGGCGGCCGGCCUGCGGGUGCCCCGUCCCUGCGCCAUGGUCAUCACAGCCACACAGAUCCUGCAGAUGGUGAUGGGCCUGGCGGUCCUGGGCCUGGUGUACCACUGGAUGCACGACGUGCAUUGCCCCUCCAACGUGGACAACGUGGCCUGGGGGUUCCUCAUGUACCUCAGCUACUUGGUCCUCUUUGCCUUGUUCUUCUACGACACCUACCUCAGAGGCUCCUCCGGGGACAAAGCAUCCAAGGCAGAGUAGCACGUCGUCCACCGUGCUGCUGAAGUGUGCCGUUACGUAGAAGCGACCAACAGCGAGGGGCCGCGAAUGUGUGAAUCACAACUAGGUAACUGGUGGCUUGGCACUCCUCUUUUUAAGACAUUUUCACUUGACUUUUUAUAGGCAUCUGUAGCUUAACACAGUGGAUUUAGAAUGGAAGGAAGCAGCGGUUCAGACGGAGCACAGCUUAUGAUCUCAUGAUUAGUUGGAGUACAGUCUGGGAAUUAAUUUAAGAAAGGGAUGGAGGAAUAACAUGUUUGUGUCUCACUUCAUUUAUGAUUGCCUUGGUGACCUACUCACGGCCAGUAUAAAACAAAGAGACCUAUGAGGGCAGAGGUGUUAAACAAUGUUUGUAUGUUGUAACGAAAAAAAGUGAUCACCCUUGAUGUAUAUGUUAAAGCUCUGAAUUGGG